AUGCUUCUGAUCUUCCGAACAAAGAUUCUUUCCAACAAGAACUGUGCAGCUUCUUGCACCACUCAUCUUUCCGAACGAUUUGGAACAAGUUGCGAGGCUUCUCCUUCGCCAUGCGGACCAAAGAGCACGGCUUUAGAUUCUGUUACUUACACGAAACUCGUUCAGACAGCCGCCAAAUCGGGUUCCAUGGUUCUGGGAAAACUCGCCCAUGCCCGUAUGAUCAAGACAUCUUUCAAUCCGUGCCUGUUCUUGCUCAACAAUAUGCUCAACAUGUACAGCAAGUGUGGGGAACUGGGCUUCGCACGCUACCUGCUCGACGGAAUGCCUCAGAGAAAUAUAAUCUCGUUCAAUUCUCUGAUUUCUGGGUACACCCAGAUGGGUUAUCACGAUCGUGUCAUGGAUUUGUUUGUUGAAGCUAGAGAAUCUGGAUUGAAGCUUGAUAAGUUCACCUAUGCUGGUGCUUUGAGUGUUUGUGGAGAAAGCUGUCAUCUUGAACUGGGAAAGGUGCUUCAUGGACUGGUUACUGUCAAUGGAUUGGCUGAACAAGUGUUUCUGAUCAAUGUGUUGAUCGAUAUGUACUGUAAGUGUGGGAAGCUGGAUGAAGCUAGGUACUUGUUUGAUAAUUCGAAGGAGCUGGAUCAAGUUUCAUGGAACUCUUUGAUUUCUGGUUAUGUUCGGAUUGGUGCAACCAAAGAACCGUUAAAUCUUUUGGCUGAAAUGCAUAGAAAUGGUCUAAAGUUGACUACUUAUACUCUAGGGAGUUCGCUCAAGGCGUGUUGCUUAAAUUUUGAUUACGAAUCGAUGGCUCAAGGGAUGGCGAUUCAUGGGUACGUAACAAAACUGGGGAUGGAAUCGGAUGUGGUAGUUGGUACUGCAUUGCUUGACAUGUAUGCUAAAAAUGGAAGGUUGAAAGAUUCGGUCAAGAUUUUCAACCUCAUGCCCGACAAGAAUGUGGUUAUGUAUAACGCAAUGCUUUCAGGGUUUCUUCAGUUGGAUGAUAUAACCGAUGAAUCU